CCUUUUUGCCAUGUGGCUGACACUUCUAAGUCCAUGACACAAACUGACUGUCUUUUCUUUCCACAGCCAUAAACACAAGAAAGUCCCUCCCUGAUGAGCCCUUUCUCAGAGGAAAUAGGAGGAAAGAUCUCCAAGACAUGCUGAGAGAAGUAGGACAUGCUAAUGAGUUCUGGUUGCCCAAGCUGCAAGAACAGCUGGGUGUGACCUGUAUCCAGACCUUACAGCACCUAGAAGAAAAAGACCUCCAGAAGCUGAAAUCCCAGGCACAAUAUUCCUGGGAGGAAAGAGCCCUGGAGAAGCUACUCAAUCUGUCACACGCACGUAGACUUUCAGAGUUUCAGCACUCUCAGGAGAAAAUGAUAAAGAAAAAGCUGAAGAAUGCAGAUCAGGCACUGCAGGAGAUGAGACUUACUGUCAGGAGGGAGGCAACAACAGGAAGAGAUAGUGGAGAAAAAAGAGGCAGAGCAGAGGCAGGCAAUGGAGAUCCCUCAAGGGGACUGGCCACACCCUGAAAAAACCCUAAGAGAAGUCAAGGAAAAUUUGCAAGGUCAAGUCAACCUCAUGAAGGGGACACUGUCUCACAGGAAAAACUUCUCAGAUACAAAUCUGGUGAGAUGUGCAUCUGGAGGGCUGCCUCUGCAGGGAAUGUACAAAAACAGCCACCAAAGGGGGCUUAUAGAGAAGAGAGAAGAGCAGGGCACACUAAUGGAAACAAAACAAUCUACAUCUUCUCAAGCAGAAUCCAUGUUUACCCAGACAGUAGAGGAGGGCCUUAAUGUGACUACUUCAGUCAAGAAUGGAGGUUGGAGAUUUAACUUGGAAAUUGGUAGGGACCACAGAAAACAUUCAGAAUCCAAAGCUCAUUCCAUCAUGUCAUGGAUGUUCCAGUCAGAGUCAGAGCAAGAGCACAUCAGCAUCUCCCAAUUUUCUGAAUUAAUUAAAAUCUUACGAGAAAAUGAGAAUGACCUCAUGAAAGUGAAAGCCAAAUCUGCUUCUGCAGAAAUAGUGGAGAAAGUACAAAGAAAGACCACUUAUGAUGUCAGUUUGUCUCUUGGCCCCUUUUGGCAAUACUUCCAAGAAACCAAGAAGCCAGACACACAGCUCUUGCUAUGUUUUAUUGCAGCUGGUGCAGGAUAUCAUGUGGUAAGCAGUACUUUUCAGUACCUCCUGGGAUGUGAUGAGUUGAACUUUCUACUGAAUGAAAUGCAAAGUGCCCAAGAUAAAUACCAGGAGCUCAAAAUUAUUUGUCCCUACAGGACUCAGGCAUUCCUGGUGCUCACAGGUCUGAUAGCUACUGUUGGAGUUACAGCUAUUUCACCAGAAGAGAAAACAGAAUGACUUGCAUUAAUAAAAGAACACAUGGGCCAAUCUUUGUAGAAGGAAGGUGUAUAUGUCCUCUCCAAACCUGGAGCAAAUCAUGAUUGGGAACACUUAGAGAAGGAUUUGAGAUUGGUCAUUGAUGGCAACACUGAAGCCACCACCUCUUUGUUGCAAAUGGAUGAGGUAAGAAAAAUCUUGCAAAGUACUUUCCAUGAAAAGAAACAAUCCCAUGGACCACAGGAUAAGGAAAAUAGCAAAUUCAAAUUCAAAGAUACAGUCUUUCUAAUAUUACUACAGCAUCUAGGCCUAGAACAAUACUACCC